AUGACUUCUGCCUCCGCCGACCAUCGACCCAAGCCAGAGGCUAUCCCUUACCAGGGGGAGCCUCUACCCAACGUUCCUCAGGACCUUGUAGUCCCCAACGUUGUGAAUCUUGACUUCGACGAGAGACUCUGGGUCCCCCAAGGCCAGGAUGUCUGGUUCCGUCCCAUCCUCUUCAAUGUCACGCAGGGCUAUUUCGUCAACCUCAUCCGCGUGUGUCGUUCCGGUAUUUUGUCCCGCCACCGUCACUGUGGACCUGUGCACGCCACAGUUCUCCGCGGUAAGUGGCAUUAUCUUGAGCACGACUGGUGGGCAACUGAGGGGAGCCAUGCUUUUGAGCCCCCAGGUGAUAUUCACACCCUCGAGGUGCCAGACGGCGUGGAAGAAAUGAUCACGUUGUUCCACGUCACUGGAGCGUACAUCUAUGUCGACCCUAUGGGUGUUCCUUUGGGAGUGGAGGAUGUUUUCUCAAAGCUAGCCAGCGCGAAGGCUCAUUAUGAAAAGGUUGGGCUUGGCGCUGACUAUGUGGACCAGUUCAUUCGUUGA